UUAUAGGUACUGGUGAUUAGCCGAAUUUAAAUUAUUAUUAUUAUUUCUUCUAUUGAGUUUGUGCACGUUGUUGGUUCCGCUCUGUUUUGGUCGGAACGGUUGUAGUGUUACACCACUCCAUCCAUGCAGCAUAUAUUUUGACCGCUGUGGUUAAAGUCUGUCAGAAAAACACUUAAAAUCGCCCAAAAAUCUUGGCAGUUGUAGCAUGUGGCUGAGGUAGACGGUUUUGAGGGUGAUUUAUAAUCAUGGCUCGGGUUGUAAAAGUGUUUAAAACGAUACGGAAUCACUGGAAAAAGUCCACAUUUGCUGUGUGCGUCCUGUCCUAUGGGGGGUAUUGGCUGUAUGGUAAACACUGUGACAACCUCCUGCGCAGAGAAGCGUGUUAUUUGGCCAGGGAAUUUGGACGACAACAGAUUGCCCCACAGGAGCAACUAAAGAAAGCAACAGUUAUUUUAAAUCCUGCAGCCUGCAGUGGGAAAGCCAACAAAUUAUUCGAAAAGAAUGCAGCUCCAAUUUUACACCUGGCUGGCGUGGAGAUAAAAAUAGUGAAGACAGAUUAUGAAGGUCAGGCCAAAAAGCUGAUGGAGUUCAUGGAGCAGACAGACAUGCUGAUCGUGGCUGGAGGAGACGGGACGCUGCAGGAGGUCGUCACAGGUUUGCUGCGAAGGCCGGAUCAAGAUAGUUUUAGUAACAUACCGAUUGGGUUCAUUCCUCUGGGCUCUCAUAACUCUCUCAGUCCGAGUCUUCAUCUCCUUAGCGACAACAAAGUUAAGGACAUAACUUCAGCCACACUGUCGAUUCUGAGAGGAGAAACGGUACCCCUGGAUGUGCUGCAAAUCAAAGGAGAGACGGAUCAACCUGUCUUUGCUCUGAUCGGUCUGCGUUGGGGCGCUUUCCGAGACGUGGCUACAACAAUCAGCAAAUACUGGUACCUUGGACCUUUGAAGACAAAUGCAGCACAUUGGUUCAAAACCCUGAAGGAGUGGCCCCUGGUCCGGCAACUUUCAUUUUCCUACCUGGCUCCAACUCUUCGGCCCCCCGAUCUGCCCCCCCAGAAACCCCCCAGGCCCAACCUGCUCCUCCGCAUCGUGCGCCGCUGGAAAAACUACUGGAACCCCCCCGUUGAAGAGCCUCCGAAAGUGGAGGUGGCAGAGAAGUGGGAGGAGCAACAGCUCUCCACGGUGGAGCUCUACGUCCAAACGCACAACAAGAACCCGCUGGAGAGGCGCCUUCACGACUCCAUGAUGAUCUGCGCCGAACCCGACGGCUUCACCGUGGGGGAGUUCAUCAGCGCGGGGAGCAAAAAAGAAGCAGAUCCGACAGUUUUCACACAAAAUUCGACUAAACUGGAAGCGGGAGCUUGCCAGCUGAAACUCCCGGAGGGUGUCUCUGGCUUCUUCAAUAUCGACAACGAGGAGUACGAAGCCAUGCCUGUGGAGGUGAGGCUGUUGCCAAGGAAACUGCGUUUUUUCAUCAGCGCGGAGCGCAGGGAGCAGCUCCUUUCACAGCCGCAGUGACGAGGAGAGCAAGACGCCAGAGCUCUGAUGAAAGCGGAUUCUACGGAGCUAAGUUGGGGCCAAUAGUAUUUGAAACCCAAAUAAAACAAAUACAAAAAAAUAUUGUUUUUUUUUUUGCCCAAAAAAAGUGA